GUUUGCCAGCUGCUUUCUCAAACUCUGGAGCUAACUUCUUACAGUGGCCACACCUGACGUUUAGGGAGGAAGGAAAGGAGGACGCAAACAAGGAAGAAAGGAAGGGAUGGAUGGAUGUGGGGGGAAAAGGAAGGAAGGGUGGCACAGGCAAGAAAGAGUAGACAGGAGGAAGGAGACAACCAAGAGAAGGAGAAGCUGUUAUAACGGAAUUCCACUAGGUGGCUCUCAGCAAACAAGGGACGAGGAGAAUAAGCUUAAAAACAUAUCGAAGAAGAAAAAGACUGCAAAGGCGGUUGACGAAGUCCAAGAUGAAGCCUUUCUGAUGUUUGGAAGUCAUCGAUGAUGCACCAUGAAGUCUGCCUGCAAACGUCUGAGAGCGGAAGCGUUUAACCUUGCCUCACGGCCGCUCCCCCCUGAGCGUGACGAUGCCGAUGGCAACGCGGACCCCAAGCUCAUCAUCACUGCUGACGACGAGUGCGCUGAGGGCGGCGGGAAGAGAAUGGUCAAGAGGAAACGGAAAAGACAGACUGAAGAGGAGGAGGAGGAGAAGAAGAGUGAAAAAGAGAGGCCGGGAGAAGACUUGGAGAUUGAUAGACAGCUCGACCAAUUGCUGGAGUGCAAGUCCAAGCAACACAAGCUGACCAGCGUCAACGUGCGCAACAUUAUUCACGAAGUCAUCACCAACGAGCACGUAGUGGCUAUGAUGAAAGCCGCCAUCAAUGAGACGGACGCCGUGCCGCCCUUUGAGCCCAAGAUGACGCGAUCCAAGCUGAAGGAAGUUGUGGAGAAAGGCGUGGCAGUUCCGGCGUGGAACAUCUCGCCGAUCAAGACUGGGCGAAAAGUCAGCAAGGUCCAUCAGUUUGUAGACAUCCCCCUCGCUGAGGAAGACUCGUCCGAUGAAGAGUAUCGUCCCGACGAUGAAGAUGAGGACGAGACAGCCGAAGAUACUUUGCUGGAGAGCGACUUUGAGAGCGCCGCCUCGCCCCCGAGAGGAAGCCGGCGUCACCUACGCAGCGGCGAGAAGACAACGAGGGCCGAGUCUGCCUCCAUGGGCCCCCCACCUCCACCCAAAGCUCCGCCUCCGUCCGCGCAAACAGACAACUUCCUGGAGAAGCUGCACGCUGUAGAGGCUGAGCUGGCCGUGUGCAUGGACCCGUACCAGCCUCUGGAGGACACGGGCGAGGGGGGCUUGAUGGCGUACCGCACGCGCUCAAAGCGUCCUCUUCGGGACAUCCCCCUGGGGCGACUGGAGGCGGAGCUCCGAGCGCCUGACAUCACGCCCGACAUGUACGACUGUGGCUCCGGCCACGAGGACAGCAACUGGACUGAUUGGUUGAGAGGCCUCAUGACCUCCGAUGUGGAUAAUGAUGAGGAGUGUGAUGAUGAAGAUGACCCAGAGUACAACUUCCUGGCUGAUAUUGACGAGCCGGACCAGGAGGAUUACCGUGACGACAAGGCCGUCCGCAUCACCAAAAAGGAAGUAAAUGAAUUGAUGGAGGAGCUCUUUGAAACGUUGAAAGAGGACCUGACAAGCCAGGAAGUGGACGAUGAAGGGCACGAAGAAGAGGAGUUGCCGCGGGAAGGCGUACACACACAUGACAAGCGUGUUGCCGGACACGCGUGUUACACACACAAAGAAACAUGCGAGGGCGACGUGGAGGUUGGCCAGCGACCAAUGCCAGAGCGGCGUACGGUCCGGCAGCAGCUGUCCUUCAUGAGAAGCACCCGACACACGGCCAGUGUGCACAUACUCAGGCUGGACGCACAGCACAGGCGCACACUGGCACAGCAAGUGCAGCAGCACGUGCAGCUGUUGCUUCAGAUUCACCUUCUCACGUCAGUCGUGGAAGAACUCCGCCACGAAGCUGAAACCACGCAGCAGUUCCUGUUUGAGCUGGACCUCCUAGCGCGAAGAGGCGAGCCGAUGACCUCGCCGGAGCGGCGCAGCGCUUUCAGGGCGGCCAACCUACAGGGAGCGCUAGAACUGCUGGCCGAGCUCCGGGACUGGCCCGUGGCCUACGCACAACUCAAGCGCGUGCCUGAUGCACGUGGACAAAGUCAGUCACCUUCGCCGUUGUGCAUUUUCCCGUCGUUCGUCACGCGUGCGUGUUUGUUACCAGUGCGCUGCUUUCCGGUGAUGCCCGCUGAGCUGGCUUGGAUCUUUGCUACAAGUCCAGUCUUUCUUUACCCACAACUUCUGCCUCGUGUCAGCCUGGACCCGGCUCACUACUGCCCCCGCAGAACAGCAGCAUUCACUGCGGCAGAAGACAGUCUGCUCAUCAUGGGUCUUCGGAACUUGGAGGGCUCGCGUGACCCCACCCGGCUGCUGUGCGACUUGUUGUUGGGCAAAAGUGUCGUUCAAGUGAGACGCAGGAUCCAGCAGUGCUGCAGACCGGGAGUCCCUGACAAUAUCGUCAAGACAUUCCGCUGCAAGCGUGUCAUUCCUCGCAUGCUACGGGCGUGUGCUCACGUUGCUGCGUCAGAGCGGCGUCCACCAGUGGAGAGAGACGUGCGCCUCAUGCCUCUGUGGCUGGUGAGAAGUCUCCCUGCGAUCUCCAAGGCGGUUAACUCCUCCGGUCACGUGACUGCGCUUGGCUCCUCCUCCACGUGCUACCCAUCCCGCCUCCCGUCCAACCUCCACUUCCGCCGCGUGGGCUUCGUCCAGCAAGCUGAGCGCACAUCCUCGCCCCUGUCCUCGGCUCUUCCCAGCCCCAGAGCCCAAAAUCUGCCCUCUCCUGGUUGCUCCGCCCCCACGGCGGCGGCAGCAGGCAUGCAGAGGAUCAACGAAGCAGAGUCAGAGCGUCCUGCUUUCUCAGAAUCAUCAAGGCUCUGCGGUAUGAAUGUGGGCGUGGCCAGGAUGACACAAGUCGCUGAAACUUUCUGUCAUCUGCCUGAGGAAGGAGAGCCCCGCCCACAACUGGAGCCGCACGCAUCUGUUCCGGAAGGGAGCGAACCCAGAAAAACAGCAAAUGACGCACACAUGAAGCAAGAAGCCCCGCCGACCGUUUCCGCUCAAAACGUCUCGACGGGCGCAAACGGAGAAAAGAUGGUGGUCUGGACUCGAGAAGCCGACCGUCUCAUCCUGACAGCUUGUAAGCAGCAAGGAGCCAAUUGGCGGACGUUCAGGCGAGUCUCUGCCCAGUUGGGAACCAAAAGUGCCCGGCAGGUGAGCCUUCGUUUCAAAGACCUCCUUCACCUUUUUCGCGUGGCCACGACAUCCGUAUCCCGUCCCUCGGUUGUCGACCAAGAACCGGAACCUCUGCCAGAGUCCAAAAGCAGCUUGUUGGAUAGUUGAAAAGAAAACUUGCUGUCAUAGCACUCGCUCAACAUUUGCUGACUCAGCGAUGAUGUCAUCAAAUUCUUUCAAUUCACAUUGAAUGAACUCAAUUCUUGGUUUGCACCAAACAUUAAUGCUAGCUGUUGUAAAUAAAGUUUGAAACAUCUGA